UUUCCAUAUAUUCUCUAUAUGAUUGUCUUUACGAUAACAUACUUAUUAAUCUUCAAAGAUGAAAUAAAAUAAAAUUGUUUAACACUAAUGUAUGUACUAAAGCUAAUUUUACAGUUAUAUUUGUGUAAUAACCGUCCACGCGCCCGCUCGAAGAUUAAAUUAUAUCUUAUCUAUAUUUGUAUAUUUCUUAUCGAGCUUUUCUUAUUCAGUUAUUACACACUGUCACAUCGUGCAUUAUUGUCUAUUUAUGCUCUGUUAAUUGUUCUAUGUUCAUAAAUCUCGAUACCGUAUAGCAUAAAUGCUUUACAUUUUAUUUACGAAUUAUAUUUUGAAAAAAAGUGCAUAGUUCUUUAAUUUAAUAUUGAAUAUUUAUUAUAAAAUGGCUUCAUCGUCAUCACAUAUUGUUCUACGUACGCAUGAUGAAGUAUAUUUAGUUGGAAAUGUGAACAACCAAAUCGUUGGCAGUAAGUUACCAUCUAUCAAACAACUUUUGAGUGUGCUAUUUUAUAAUUUGAGACAUGUAAAAUUAAAUUUGCGGGAAAGUGCAAUAUUGGUAUAUAAAGAAAUAGUACUAUUUUUGCAAAAACCGAGAAUACAAGUUCGAGAUGAGCAGCACUGUAAUUUAAAAUUGGAAAAAUUAUAUCAAAACUUACGAGAGUUACAAAAAUCGGCUAAAAGAGCAUCAGAAAAAAAUACUAUAAAUGUCAGUGGGUUCAAGGAAAAAUUAAAUAACUUAUUAGAUGUAUCUCAUUCAAAUGCAUUAAGUGUGAUGAAAAUUGAGGAAGAUAAAAAAUUUUUACUAAUGCAAAAAGAAAAAGGAAGACCGGGUUGCAUGUUGGGAACUGAUAGAAAUUUGGCAAAAAAAGAAAACAGGGCCUAUGUCAACUUACAAAAAACCGAAAAACGUCGAAAAAGAGCAAAAAUAGAAAUUGAACAAUUAGAUCACACCGUACAAAUAGAUUUCAAUACUGAUAACAAUUCAACUGAAGAAGAGGUUGAUAUAGAAGAAGACAUAAUACCAAGUCCACCAAGUUCAUCAUGUAGUAAAAAACAGAGAGGAUCAAGAGAUUUUAUGACUCCUAAACUACUCGCUGCAUUAGAUAAAUGUAAGUUGAGUGAUCGCGAUGCUGUUCACAUAAUAAUAUCAAUUGCUGACGCCCUAAGUAAUGAUGUUUCUAAAUUAAUAAUAAAUCGAUCAACAAUUCAACGUGAUCGAAUUAGGUUUCGAGAAAAUAAAACGAUUGAACUUCAAAAAAAAUUUAAUUUGCUAGAAAAAGAGUCUAUUGUCUUACAUUGAGAUGGAAAACUUCUACCAGAUAUUACAUAUGGAAAAUCAAAAGUAGAUAGGUUACCUGUAAUUGUUUUGUUUGAGGGAAUAACUCAAUUACUUGGUGUGCCAAAGCUCAAAAGUGGUACUGGAGAACAACAAGCAAAUGCAAUAUUUGAUAUUAUAAAUGUAACAAAUAAAGUACAAGCUUUAUGUUGUGACACGACGGUAUCAAACACAGGUCGCUUGAAUGGUGCCUAUAUUAUAUUGGAUCAACUGAUAUUAAUUAAUAAUUAAUAUUUAUAAUUAAUCUUUUAUAUUUACCUUGUAGGCGACAUAUAUUCGAAUUAGUGCUAAGAAGUGUUUUUGAAGUUAAAUUAAAAAUAAAUACUAUUGGUCCUGAUGUUCCUAUUUUUAAAAAAUUCCAACAAGCCUGGCCCGAAAUUGACUUAAAAAAGUAUGAAAUUGGAAUAAAUUAUGAAUUUGUAAAAUCUAUAGUUGGAAAAAAUAAAUCUCAAAUUAUAGACUUCUGUUUACAAAAUUUUUAAAAAAAAACAAUGUAGAGAUGAUUACAAAGAAAUUCUAGAGUUGACUAUUAUUUUUCUAGGUGAAAACCUACCAAAUGGUAUAAUGUUUCACUAUCCUGGUGCUUUUCACCAUGCCAGGUGGAUGUCAAAGGCAAUUUAUUUAACCAAAAUAUAUAUAUGUUUCGAAAACAAUUUAAACUUAAUGUUCGAGAAGAAAAUGCAUUUCGAGAUAUAUGUAUUUUUUCUAGUUACGAUAUACGUAGAAGCAUGGUUUAGAUGCCCUGCUGCAAUCGAAGCACCUUAUAAUGACUUUAUAUUUUUAAAAAAAUGAAUCGAAUACCCAGAUAAAGCUAUUCCUGAAACAGCUGCACAUAAAUUUUGUGGACACUUAUGGUAUCUUGCGCCGGAAAGUAUAGCCUUAUCAUUUUUUGAUUUUCGGGUGCCAACCGAAAUUAAAAUUAAAAUGGUCGAAGCACUUAAAUCAACGCAGAACAAUGAUGAUACAAUU